CAAAAUUAUGUCAAGUAAUAAUGAAACUUGGGUGAUAAUAGUUGCACUCAUCGUUAUACUCAUCAUCGCAGCCGUUGCAGCGAUGAUGAAAGCUUCAAAGGGUAAGCAGUCAUCGACAAUACCAUCCAUGUUCACACCUUCCCUAACACAAACUACCUCAACAGCUAAGAUAAGUUCAAUCGGAUCGCAAUCUACAUCUGAUCCGGUCGCUACAGGGUAUGAUGCAAGAGAUACAACAGGACCGUUAAAUCCAUCCCUGGGCACCUCUCAACCUGGCCAGGAUCAUAGAACCUCAUCCACUCAAGGCGAGACAGCACCAUUAUCUACGUAUGAUGAGAGCGUUAUCAUAGAUAUACCACCACCUUCGUAUCAAGAGCAUACAAAAGACUUGAGGCUACCAAAACCGACUUAAAAUCUGACCGCCAAGUUGAUAUCCUCCCUUGCGCAGGUUUACUACCCGAAUGUUCUCAUAGGAAAAACUUAUACCCGCUCUCAUAUAGAGACCAAAUGUGUACUAUAUAUUAACUUAAUACUUUUUGUAUUUGUGAAUACAACCUAUUUGACUACUUUAAACACUAAUCGUUGCGAAGCUGGCGGUACAAGCGGUUAACCCUAACAGCUAUAUCGCAGAUCCACAGCAAUUCAAUUAUUGAUGCACCAGCUAUACACUGUAUACAAUAAAAUCUCUUAUGUCACUUUACAGUCUUAAUCACCUAUAG